AUGAUACACGACGCGGAGCAACCAACUUCAUCACUACUCAUAAGAGGAGCAGUUGAGGAAAUAUCAAGACGUGGUACCCCAUUCAUACUGGAAGCAGAUGCUAAUGCACAUCAUCAUUUCUGGGGCAGUUCAGACACAAAAGCACACGAUGACAGUGUGUUUUUUGAAGAUUUAGAUGUAGAAGAUGUUGAGGUAGAUAGUUAUUCAGAGGAUAGGGAUAGUAAUUUAGAAAAUGCGUUCCUUCUGUCAACCUGGGCGGUUAGUAAUAAUAUUCCUCAGAAUAGCGUAGACGAUUUGCUUAGGACUCUAAAACUUAUCUGUGUAGAAGGUUUGCCACUGUCAGCUAGGUCUCUUUUAGGUACAAGUAGGCAAAAAGUUAAUAUUAAAUUAAUUCCAGGAGGUGAGUUUUUAUAUAUAGGUAUUCAGUUUUAUUUAUGGGGUGCAGAAUUUAAUGUAUUGGAAAAUUGUGAGGUAGUAAAUAUUGAUAUUGGGAUAGAUGGGUUAAAGUUAUUUAAGAGUAGUAAUAGGUGUCUUUGGCCGAUUUUAGGAUAUGUCGUAGGUUCUAAGUUAGGCCCAUUUACGAUAGCGUGUUUUUCAGGGAUGAGUAAGCCAGGUAGCGUUAAUGAUUUUUUGAGGGACUUUUGUGAGGAAGUAAGUUUUUUGAGGAAGAAUGGGGUUAAGGUAGGUAGCAAUCUAGUAUGUAAGCCAUUUAAUAUAAGAUUAUUUAGUUGUGACGCCCCCGCUCGUGCAUUUGUUACAGGAGUUAAGUCGCAUACGGCAAAGAACUCCUGUUCCAAAUGCACGAUCGAGGGCGUCUAUACACAAAAAAGGGUAAGCUUCCCGAAGCAAGUUGGAAAUUUAAGAUCAGAUAGUUCAUUUAAAAAUAGAAUAGAUUUAAGUUAUCAUAGUUUAGAAUUUAAGCAAGCAGAAAGUUUGCUAGAAUCUUUUAACUUUGGCAUGGUUUCACAAUUUCCUCUUGAACCCAUGCAUUUAGUAGAUUUGGGUGUAACAAAAAAGUUGCUCCAGUUACUUAUCAAGAAAGGCAACGUUACGAAAAUAAAUGAGAAGCUUUUGCUUCUUAACAGGUUCGUACCGUCUGAGUUUAGCCGGCUUAGCCGAGACCUUGACCAGAUAAGUAAUUGGAAGUCAACGGAAUUCCGGCAGUUUUUAUUAUAUACCGGGAUAUUUGUUUUGAAAAACUGCAUUAAUGAAGAUUUAUAUUAUCAUUUUCUUUUACUAUACGCCGGAAUUCGAUUUCUCUCUUGUGAGAAAUCUUUUAACGUAGAAUCGAAUGUCGCCAAUGAAUUGUUAAAGGAAUUUGUUGAUUUGUUCGGAAAUAUUGAUGGCGAUCAUCUAAUAAGUUAUAAUGUUCACGGGUUGUUACACCUUUCGGAUUGUGUUAGAGAAUUUGGUCCUUUAGACAAUUUUUCCACGUAUAAAUUUGAGAACUAAAGGGUGUUUUUUUAGAGGUUAGGUUUUCAAGUUGGCACUACUUUUUCCGUAGAUGGUCUUUUUGACAGCUGUCACUUGAUUUAUGCUCAGUUUGGUUUGCCAUUUCAUAAUGAAUAGACUUACACCUGAACAACGUUUGCAAAUCGUGCAAAUUUAUUACGAAAAUAAUGGUUCGUUUCGCGCGGUUCGAAAAUAAUGGUUUUUGUUCAGCGAUGAAGCUCACUUUUGGUUGAAUGGGUAUGUCAAUAAGCAAAAUUGUCGCAUCUGGAGUGAACAUAAUCCACAAGCCAUUGCUGAGACGCCGUUACAUCCUCAAAAAGUCACUGUUUGGUGUGCUCUAUGGGCAGAGGGAAUCAUUGGUCCAUAUUUCUUUAAAAAUGAAGCCGGCCAUAAUGUUACAGUCAAUUAAGAGCGCUAUAGAGAAAUGAUUAAUGACUUUUUCGUGCCUGAAUUGGACGAUGUUGAUGUGGACGACCUUUGGUUCCAACAAGACGGCGCUACAUGCCAUACAGCCAACGCAACAAUCGAUUUAUUGAAGGAAACUUUUGGUGAGCGCAUUAUCUCGCGCCGUGGACCUGUGGCGUGGCCUCCAAGAUCGUGCGAUAUAACACCGCUGGACUAUUUCUUGUAGGGCUAUGUGAAGUCGCUUGUCUACGCAGAUAAGCCCGAGACGAUUGGCGUCUUGGAAGAGAAUAUUCGGCGCGUUAUUGCUGACAUACGGCCCCAAUUGCUGCAAAAAGUGGUCGAAAAUUGGGCC